UCGACAAAAUAAUGAUUUUGUUUUGUUUGUUUAUUUUUUUCUAAACAAAAAUAAUAAUAAAAUGUUUAAUAGUGCUCAAUGCUUAUUUUUGGCCACCGAUAUUGUCAUCCACAGUAUUAGAUUGUUUUUCCAGUGAAAUCAAUCAGCUAUCAGAUACAACUAUUUGAAUGAAGAGGAUCAAUUUGGUGGUCAAAAUAAAUACUACUUACAAACAAAAUGACUGAACUCCUUGCAAAAACAACAGUGGUCGAAAAUGAAUUGUAUCUAAAUUCAAUUAAGUCCAAACAAAUUGAAAUGGAUGAAGCUGAAGUAGAAACUAAUUUUCCAGUAAAAUAUAUAUGUUAUAAAUGUAAGGCUGUGUUCUACAAACGAAUACAAAUAGAGAAACAUCUGAAAUUAUCAAAUUGUGCGGGAAAAUGUGUAGAUACUGAUAAAGUAGUUCCUAUUAUUAAGAAAUUACCAGGUUUAUCAAAAAAUGAAUCUUAUUUUCAGUUUAAACAUCACCAAUGUGAACUUUGUUCAAAAUCUUUUACAAACAAGACAAAAUUGAUUCAACAUAUUCAAACACAUAGUGGUGUGAAACCAUUUCGUUGUGAAACUUGUCAUAGAGGUUUUUCUAAUUCUUACAGUUUGAAAAAUCAUGAAAAAACUCAUACUGGCAUAAAACCUUAUAGCUGUGAUAUUUGUCAAAAAGCCUUUUCUCAUUCUCAUAUUUUAAUAAACCAUAAAAGAACUCAUUCGGGAGAAAAACCAUUUAAAUGUAAAUUUUGUCAAAAAUGUUUUGCUACAUCUGGAACGUUAGUGGCACACACACGUACACAUACUGGUGAACAGCCAUAUAAAUGUGAUAUAUGUCAAAAAAUGUUUUCUUUAUCAAGUAGUUUAAAUGCACACAAAAGAACACAUACAGGUGAUAAACCUCACAAAUGUAUUUUUUGUUCAAAAGCAUUUGUAAAGAGUGGUGACUUGGAGCGGCAUUUGCGAACCCAUACAGGUGUCAAACCAUUUCAUUGUGACUUGUGUGAUAAAUCUUUUACACAGUCAUCUGGCUUGAUCAUUCAUAAAAGAAACCACACGGGUGAAAGACCAUUUGCAUGUGAUACAUGCGAACGAUCAUUUACUAAUUCAGCUAGUUUAAUAGCACACAAACGAACUCAUACAGGAGAAAUACCUCAUAUGCCUCUACAUGUUCUAAAUGUACAACAGAUUUCAAAUACUCAAAACACUAUGCAGAAAAAUAUUUUUUCAGAAAUACCUACAACGUCUACAACAGGUCUAUGGGACACUAGUGUUCCUACACAAUCAGUUGGAGAUUUUAGUUACAGUUGGUCAAAUUGGUUUCAAAGUGAAACGGAUCCUAAUAACACUAAAGAUCCAAUUCAAAGUACUAAUGAACUUUCCGUACCAUUUAUGCAACCUGUUUAUAAUGGGAGAGAAAAUAUUGAUAGUAUGAAUACAAUAAAUAGUGUAAGUAUUUCAUUGGACAAUAAUGUUAUACCCAUCAAAAGACCUGAAGGUCGGUGGUUAGAUUGUGAUGUAUGCCAUAAGACUUUCCCUUAUUCAUCCAGACAUAAAUUGAUUGAACACCAACGAACACAUACCCGUGAAAAACCAUUUAAAUGCCAUAUAUGUCAAAAAUCAUUUUCUUUGUCUAGUACCUUGAUUGUGCAUAAGAGAAUGCAUACAGGAGAAAGGCCAUUCAAAUGUGAUUUAUGUCCAAAAGCAUUUGCUCAAAAAUCAAAGCUAAAUAUACAUAAAAGAAUUCACACUGGUGUAAAACCAUUUCAUUGUAAUUUAUGUCAAAAGACAUUUGCUCAUUCUUCAAAUUUGUCAGAUCACAAGAAAACUCACACUCAAGAAAGGCCAUAUAAAUGCGACAUUUGCCACAAAUUGUUCACACUUGCUAAUAGUUUACGGAAACAUAAAAUAUUACACUCUGGUUACAAACCAUAUGUAUGUGAAGUCUGCCAAAAAGCAUUUGCCAAAAAAGCUAGUUUAGAUCGUCACAAGGGUACACAUGAUGGUGUACCGGAAUGGACGAAACCAUUUGCAAACGGAAUUAAAGAAAAGCGAACGAAUAACGCUGAUAAGCCUUUUAAAUGUCAUAUUUGUUUUAAGUCGUUUGCUAGUGUAAAUGGAAUGACUAGACAUACAGCCAAACAUAAUGGACAAGAUCAAUUUCAAUGUGAAAUUUGUAAUAAGACUUUCACGGGUUUGUCAGUACUAGCCAGGCAUAAACGAAUACACACAGGUGAAAAACCAUUUCAGUGUGACUAUUGUCCGAAAGCAUUCGCUUAUUCAUCAAUACUAGUAUCUCACCGACGCACUCAUACUGGAGAGAAACCUUACCAAUGUGAUCUUUGUCCCAAAGCAUACACUCAAUCUUCUAGUUUAAUAGUUCAUAAGCGAACACAUUGGAACCAUCAUCAGCCAAUUAACUCAAUCGAACGUCCAACGACUGAACCAAUAGCUCAACCAAGGACAACUGAUCAAUACGAAUUACCAAACACAUCGGAGGCAGAUGACUACACUGACAAUUGGUCAGGCUGGUAUCCUAGCGAGCCUGAUAUAUCUCUUGUCACAAAUGAACUGCCCAUCGAAGAGCCACCCAUACAAAACGUAGUGGCCCACUAUCCCACUCAAACCGUGCCCAACAACCAAAAUGAGAAAAUUGACAUAAACAUGUUGCCGCAAAAGUUCAAGUGCGCCAAGUGCAAAGAAGCUUAUGACGAAAGCUUUCUAUUAUUGAAACACAUCAGGGAAGUGCACAGGUCUAGCACAGUGAAAGUGAAAAAGACGUCCACGAUAAAAAGCGAUGACGUAGUCAAACAGAAAAAGAAACGUGGCGAACGUCAACGACUGGAAUGCGAUAUUUGCCAACGGCCGUUCAACGACUCGUACAAACUGAAAGUACACCGGAGAACACACACCCGGGAGAAGCCAUUCAAAUGUGACACGUGCGAAAAGUCGUUCAUCGACUCGUGCAAUCUGAAGGAACACCAGAAGGUGCACACCGGCGAGAAGCUGUUCGAGUGCGACAUAUGUCAGAAGACGUUUUUGCAACUGGGGACGUUGACAACGCACCGGCGCACGCAUACUGGCGAAAAGCCGUACACCUGUGACGUGUGCCACAUGACUUUCGCGUUGCUGAGCAGCAUGAAGACGCACAAGCGGCGCGCUCAUACCGGCGAGAAGCCGCACAAGUGCGAUUUCUGUCAGAAAGCGUUCGUCAAGCGCAACGACAUGGUCCGUCACCGGAGGACGCACACGGGCGAACGGCCGUUCGUGUGCGACAUUUGCUGUCAGUCGUUCACCCAAUCGUACGUGCUGGUGCUGCACAAGAGGAACCAUCAUUCGGGCGACGGGGCCGGGGCCGAGGCGAACAAGCGCCCGCCCGCGCCUCCCCGAGACAAACCGUUCAAAUGCGGCAUUUGUCCCAAGUCGUUCGCCAGCCAGUCGACGUUGAACACACACAACCGGACGCACACGGGUGAAAAGCCAUAUAACUGCGACGAGUGCAGUAAAUCGUUCACGCAAUCGUCGGGUCUCAUUGCCCACAAGGCCGCACACCACACAGUAGACAAGUCGUUCGGACACGCGUACGCGUCCGACGUCAGCAGAAACAGAUCUCAGUACGCCGCGGGCCCGGACGUCCAUAGGAUACCUCAGUACGCCGGCGACAGACCUUGCGAAUGCGCCGUGUGCCAGUCGUCGUUUGGCCAGCCCGUUACCGCCAUGAACGAGCACUUCAAUCAACCCGUCACCGCCAUCGCGAUGUCCGACAGCAACAUGUAUUACGGUUAGGACUCAUUCCACACGACGACGGCCCGAUUCAACGGGAGUACCUUUUCCGUGACAUAAAUUGGCCGCUGAUUUCUGUCGACACUUUUGAAGUUAACCGUUCACCGGAUACGUGUGAAAGGUGUCCUGCCAUUUCGGGAGGUUGUUGACGCCCUCUUAAUGGUGAAAAAAACAACAUAAAAGGUAAAUAACUCAAUAGGUACUUGGAAGAAGAUAGAUAUUUAUAGUUACGUGGCGCAGGGGCCGUGCUUGCAUGUGUGGUGUCCUCGGAAAACAGAUGUGAAUUUUUCAAUACCCACUUCAUUAUACUUAUUGAAAAAAACUAAAAUAAAAGAUUACUUCAACCGCUACACCAGGCAAAUAAGUACUAGGUAUUAAAUUAAUAAAUGUACAUCUGUUUCCAUAACUAAUAUGGGAUUACGGUUAAAAUUAUAAUAAAUUAUUUUUGACCAAUAAUUCUAUGAUAUAGAGACCGUUUUAGGAUUGAAUACUAUAUUUUCCAGAAUCAGUGUAUUUUUCUUGCAUGUAUAUAUUGUUCACAACUUCUUAUUUAUUUUAUAAUAUAUAAUUUUUUGUGCAUAUUAUGUUACCAUGUACUGAUAUAUUCUGCUACAGCCUAUGAAAUAAUAUACGUAGCUUUAUAUACUUUCAUUGUAAACCAUACACAUUAUGAAUUUAAAAUAUUUUAUACAAAUAAAUAUACGUUAUAUUUAUAAAUACUCAAAUACUUUAAUGAAAUUUUAAAUUUAUUCUGCCUAGUUUUUGAUUUGUAGUUUAUUUUCUUGAUAAACACAUGCAUCCAUUGUCAUUUGUCUCCAUCUCGCAAACAUCCAACGCAGAUAACUAAUUUGUGUUAUAACCAUAAUACUGAAACGAAUAGCUUCUUAUCAGAUUUAAAAAUUAAAACAUUGUUUGUGUUUAUACGUCGGAUUAUAAAAAAAAAAAAAAAUGUAUAAUCUAACCUAAUCCCAAACUCAUCUGUAUACAUAAAUAUAAAUCAUAUUUUUAUUGAAAUAGUUUUAAUAUUUUGAAUGUCGAUAACUUGACUAUCAACAUGGCUACAAUUGAGUACCUACGUAUCAAUAAAUUGACAAAAAUUGUAUUUUAAAAUUUCACGUUUAAAUAGUUC